CUGAGUGAAGCUGGAGCCUCGGCGUCUGUUCGUGGCCGGGAGGGAGGGAGGAGAUCCAGAGGAACCAGAGGGGACAGAGUUGGAGUUGUUAUCCACAGGGAGUUGAAAGUUGAGGUGUCGAACAGCUGAAUCCUGCCUGGCGCUAUCCCACGACUCUCCAGCACAUUCCUAGCCCUCCGCUCUGGGAUUUCAGCCAGAGACAUCCCCCCAUCUGAAAACAAGAGCGCCCUGCGAUCACAAUAACUCCUCAGGUGAUAGACACUGACCCCAUAUCAGGGGCUGCAACGGAGUUAAUGGCGCUGUGCCUGGGACAAGUGUUCAGCAAAGACAAAACAUUCAGGCCGAGGAAGCGCUUUGAGCCUGGCACCCAGCGAUUCGAACUGUACAAGAAGGCCCAGGCCUCACUCAAGUCCGGCUUGGACCUGAGGAAAGUGGUCCAGCUGCCGGAGGGGGAGAACAUCAACGACUGGAUUGCCGUGCACGUGGUGGACUUCUUCAACCGAAUCAACCUGAUCUAUGGCACGGUGAGCGAGUUCUGCACCGAGCGCUCUUGUCCCAUCAUGUCUGGGGGGCUGCGGUACGAGUACAGGUGGCAGGACGGCGACGACUACAAGAAACCCACCAAGCUGCCCGCUCUCAAGUACAUGAACCUGCUGAUGGACUGGAUAGAGUCUCUUAUCAAUAACGAGGACAUCUUCCCCACCAGAGUAGGUGUCCCUUUCCCCAAGAACUUCCAGCAGGUGUGCAAGAAGAUCCUGAGCCGUCUGUUCAGGGUCUUUGUGCAUGUUUACAUCCAUCACUUUGACAGCAUCUGCAGUAUGGGAGCAGAGGCCCACAUCAAUACCUGCUACAAGCACUACUACUACUUCAUCUCCGAGUUCAGCCUCAUUGAACACUCUGAACUGGAGCCGCUGAAAGCAAUGACAGAGAAGAUAUGUAAUUGAACUGAACCACUUGGACAAUGGAGUUUACGUUUCAACGUUCCCUGAGCCCUGCAAGAAAUCACCGUCGUCAGAACCGAACGCCGAAAAUAAAAAUUAUUUUUACAGAUUUUAGCUGUGGAUAUGGCUCUCAAAUAGAACCAGGAAUGUCCACAAAUCUAAAACUGAACACAUUUCUUCAUGUUGUGGCUCCACACUUUACAGGCCCUUUGCCUUGCAGGCCUUUUUUUUUUUUGCUUUAUUAUGGUGCUUUGAUGACAGUAUUCUUGGACUUUAUUUUGAUCUGUAACAACUUCGCCCUCCCCGGUUGUGUUUGUAUUUGCUCUUUGUGCAUGUUUUAAGCAUUGUUUAUAUUUGACCUUUGAUUUUGUCAUGUUGAGCCUUAUUUUGUUGGAUGAAAGGUUGUAUUAUAUUUGACAGCUGUGUUCUUCUUGUUUGAUUUUGUACUAAGGACAUUUUGAAUACGUAGAAAGUUUUAGAACAAGUCACCUUAUAGGUAAUGUACCACACACACAAACUUUGGGUCAAGAUCUCUUUUCGUUAUCCAUGUAAAAUCUGUAUCACAUCAUUGAAAACAAAACAUAUUAACAUGAAGGGCUGUCUUGACAUUGAGUUAUUGUGUUACAUCUGCUGCUCAGGUUUCAUCCUAUGUGUAUCACAAAGUGGCUGGUUCAGGCCAAACUCAGGACUGUCAGAUCCUUCCAGAAUAACCGUAAAUAGGACAGGGACCAUGCAAUGAU